AUGAACGGGGAUUCGAAACUUGGAGGUAUUGACAUCGACUUAAAGUUGACAGAAAUAGUCAAAAUGAGGUGGAAAAAAGAAGAUGAAAAUAGAUUUAAUGCCGUCUUUUUUGUUGGUAAGAAGCUCACUCCAAGCAACGAAAAGAUAUUAAAACGACACGAAUAUAGACUUCGAAAAUUAGUGGAAAAGGCGAAAAUUGCUCUCUCAAUAGCGCAACAAAGUGUUGUUAAUUUGUCAGAGUUUUAUUGUGGAGUUGAUAUUGACGAUGAUGUUGAAACACCGAACAUAGCAAUUUCAAAAGAAGACAUUGAAAUUGGGUGCAAAAAUAUUUUCCAGAGGUGUUUAAAUCUUGUCGCACAAACACUUUUAGAAUCCAAAGUGCCAAAGAACAAGUUGACUAAAAUUCUGUUAGUAGGAGGCAGUUCACAAAUGCCGUAUGUGCAAACGCUACUUGAGAAAGAGUACGGCAAUAUAGUUUUAAAGGAUUGCGACUGUAAUGUUGUUGUAGCUGAAGGAGCUGCUCUAUAUUGUCGCAAUAUGGCACUUCAUGGGGAAACAAAUGUGAAUGAAAUUACAUGUAACGAAAUUGAAAUGAGCGGAGUGGAUAGUACUAACAAGAAGGUGGUGGUACCAAUUAUUGAAAAGGGAACAAAAAUUCCUUUUAGUAACACGUUCCCCGUUUUUCCCAUUAGAAAUGACGUGAUUGUCGAAUUGUAUGAAAACAAGAAGAAAAUCGGCGUGUUCGUAAUUUAUAACAUUCAGAAAAAGACCAAAAAUGAGUUGUUCGAAUGCGAAGUUAAAAUUAAUACAUUUGGUAUUCUGGAGGUAAAAUGUAUCGGGGAAAACAGAUGUGCAGUGAAUGUUGACAGAGAGAGGAUACAGACCGAAUCCGAAGAUAUGAAAAAGAAAAAAGAUUACAUCGAGUCGUUCUUAAGUUGCUGA